AUGUAUAAAGUGUUGCGCUCCUAUACCAAGAAGGCGGAACGUAAGCAUGAAUUAACUCGAUCAACUGCCAACACCGCUGAAAAAGUUAAUGGUUAUUCGGUAACUGAUGGUACUGCUUCAUCUCCUAUUUACAAUAUAUCACCAUCUUAUGGUAUCGGUGUUGGCACAAUAGAAGAUGUACGUAAUGGCCAGGUUGUUCCAGUAGAUAGAAAUGGACAUAUUGAAGCUGCAUGGCCUGGUGGACAAGCAUUCUCGGAGAGUUCUUCCUAUGAAGCGCGAGAACAUUUUGAGCGUAAAGUUCAGCGUGUUAAGAAAACACGCGGCGAACGAGACAGUAAUCGGAAAUCUAAGAAAAGCAAAGUGUCAGAAGUACUAUCCAGCAUAGACGGUACUUCAGCACGAGAUGCUCUAUUACAGUGGGCGCAAGAUGUUACACGUGGAUACCCAGGCGUUAAUGUCCGUAACUUUACUAGCAGUUGGAGAGAUGGUUUAGCCUUUAAUGCCAUCCUUCAUCGUUAUCGACCAAAUCUUAUACAAUGGAGUAAAAUAAUUGGCGAAGGUGUAUCAGCUCGCGAUCGUUUGAACAAUGCAUUCGCAGCAGCUGAAAGUGAAUUCGGUGUAUCCAGACUGCUGGAUGCAGAAGAUGUUGAUGUGGAUGUGCCGGAUGAGAAGAGUAUCAUCACCUAUGUCUCUUCCCUAUACAACGCUUUGCCACAUACUAGUGAAUUGAGCAGAUAUGAGGAUGUGAUGUAUGAAUAUGAACGUGAAGCGGCGGAAUGGUUACACUGGGUAGAGCGAGCUACCCGUCUCAUGGAUGAUCGUCAAUUGCCAACAAAUCUGGUAGAGUUACGCCGAUUAGAACAUGACCUGGAACGAUUCAAAUCUGAAGAUUUGUCACCAAAAGCACGUGAAAAACAGCGUUUAGCAGAUCAUUACGCUGAACUUCAUCAGCUUUUUGAAUGUACCGAACAUUUGCAUAUUCCUACAGAGCUAAGCACACAAAACCUAGAUCAAUCCUGGCAACGAUUACUUCAGUCACUCAGUGAACGAUUCAGUCUGAUCGAAAAGCAAGUCGGAGUUCAGGGUUCAACAACUGAUAUUAUUAGUCGAUUGGCGCGUGGUAUUGGAAUAACGAAUGAGAAACUGGAUCAUAUUUUGAACAGAAUUGAAGAUGCGGAAUCACGAAUUGAUACAUUACGACCAGCAGACUUGCAGCGCCUUAUUGAUGGGAUUAUUGAUGAUCUCAUAGCACUGGAAGCACCGAUUAGUGGAUUUUUUGAGGACGUGGAUCAACUUAAACGUUUGCGUCAUUCAGAAGCAAAUGAUUAUUAUCAACAGGUAUAUGGAUUAGAACAGCGUCGUCAGGCUUACCUCUCGGGAAUGCGGACACAGUUUGUGACACGUCUUGGUAUCCGAACGGAACAAUUAAUGCGAGAGAAUGAACAACGACGUGAAUCAAUACGUCGUACAACGUAUGGGCGCGUAGAAGAUUGCAUACAAUGGGUUCGUUCACGUCUGGAAAAAUUAUCGGCGAUGGAAUUUGUCGAAGAUCUGGAACAGCUAGAAGGCAUGUUUGAAGAACACAAAGUUGACAACCAUGAAAUACAAGACUUUCGACAGAAUGUUGACGAAUGUAUUGCUAGACAGGCUGAGAUAUCUGCGGAAGAUACACAUGAAUAUUGCGAACUACUUAGUAUAUUGGAAAGUGAAUAUCAGCAGCUGCGAGAUUUAUCAGCCGGGCGUAUGCUUGAUUUGGAUACUUUGAUUGCUUUUAUCCGUGGAGCACAGCAUGAAAUUGUUUGGAUCAAUGAGAGAGAAGAUAUUGAAGUCUCUAGAAAUUGGUCUGAUAUUAAACAGCUUGAUUUACCAAUGCUGCAGAAUUAUUACAAACAGCUCCUUCAUGAAAUCGAACUUCGAGAGCCACGUUUCAACGAUGUGCAUAACAAAGGUGCAGCCCUUCUAAAUCAAGGUCAUCCAGCUAUUCAUGUAAUUGAAUUUUAUCUGAAUGCAAUGCAGCGGAAGUGGGAUUGGUUGUUAGCACUGUCAAAAUGUCUCGAACAACACCUUCGCGAUGCGCUUAACCUCAAUUCGUUCAUGGAGGAUGCGAAUACUGCAGAAGAAUGGAUGAUAAAGCAGUCCGAAAUGUUGGAAAGGAAAUACAGUAGAAGUGAAUUUUCAUUAGAAGAAGGUGAACAAAUGUUGCGCGAAUUGGAUGAAAUCAGUGAAUUAAUCAAAAAAUAUCAUAGUAUUUUGAUGACACUUACGGAACGAAGUUCCCAAAUUCCACCCCUAUGGCAACGCGGUGAGCGGACUCAAAGACCGAUUUCGAUUAUUGCUUUGGCUGAUUACACCGAUAAAGAUAUUACAAUUAGAGAAGGUGAUGAAUGUAUCUUGACCGACAAUUCGGAUCUGAUCCAUUGGAAUAUUCGUGGACCAGGUGGCUCAGAAGUCUUGAUACCAUCUGUGGUGUUCCGUAUUUUACCGCCAGAUGCUCGCAUCACAACAUAUCUUAAUCGAUUACAUACAAGUUUGGAAAAGUUACGCCGGCUUUGGGGUCAGAAACAUCGAAUGGUACGAUACAAUAUGGUGCUAAAUACAAUGACUCAGAUACGUAAUUGGAAUCUGAACACUUUUGCUGCAAUGACUCCAGAGGAAAGGGAUACGAUCAUUAAAGCUUUGAAUGAUGAUGUUCACAAACUGCUUUCCGAGCUGGAAUCGAAUGAUCCAUUGGCAAUGCGACUUAAGGAAGAACUAAAACUAACCAAUGAACAUUUUUACGAUCUUCUAAAUCAAAUGAAUCGUCCCAAAGAACCGGAAGUUGGAGCUCAGUUUGAUGCGAAAAUUACGGAGUUGCUUGGUAAACUUGAUGAAGCAUAUCGGAAUCUAAAUGAUCGGGUUAUGCAGAACAUUCCAAGAUCACGAGAAGAGCUUGAAAACCUGACCAUUGAACAUAAGGAGUUUGAAGAUGGAUUGCAAACAUUAGAUGUUGAUGUAUCAACUGUGAAUGAGCUGUUUCGUCAAAUUGUUGAACCAACGCCAUCACAACGAGCUAAUUUCGAUCAUUUAAGUGGUCGUUGGGAGGAUUUAUGGGAAUUGUCAAGAAUGUAUGUUGAACGGUUGAAGUCUUUGGAAGCUGUGCUCAAUGGACUCAUUGAGGUAGCUGAUAUUGUACGACAACAUGAAAUUUUACUCAGUUCAUUUGAUGAUAUGCCAGCUUCUUUGGAGAAAUUACGAGGUGUCCAUUCGCAGCUGCUUGAAUUGAAUAUGGUGUUGCAACAGCAGCAGACCAUCGUUGAUGCUGUCAAUCGCAAUAUUGCCCUUUUACGUCAGCAUGUUUCACGAACUCGCCAGUCACCAAAUCACCCAGAUGUUGAUCGAUUAGAAGACGAAGUACAGAUGUCAACCGUUCGUUGGGAAAAUGUUUGUUCACAAGUGGUCGAUCGUUUAAAAACUGCUGAACAUGCUCUACAAACUCAAAUGGUUUACCGUACCGAAUACGAAAACGAAAUCAGAUGGCUUGACAAUGUGGAAACAACCAUUAAUAGUUUGCGUAAACCUGAAGAACUACAUCCAGAGCAGUACCAACAGCAUUUGGAUCAACUUAUUGCCGAGUAUUCUCAAUUACAGGAACGUACUGAGGCAGUAGAAAAUGUGAACCGUGAAGGAGGCAAAUUCAUUCGUGAAGCGAAGGGUUACGAUAAUCGUUUGAUACAAUACAUGGAAAAUGUCAUGAAUAUUCACGGUCCAGACAGCCGGAAUAACUUCCGUCGCUCGAUACCGCAACCGAAGAAUGGGGUCCAGCAAGUAACGGAAGAAUUAGAACAUCUAAAUAGACGAUUUGCUCAACUGAGCUCACUAAUACUUGAACGUCGUAACAUAAUGCAAGUAUUGAUCCAGAACUGGAAACGAAAAAAGCAAGAAGAGGGCGAACGAAGACGAGCUGAAGAGGAGGAAAAACGUCGCCAGUUUGAAGCAGCUCGACUGAAAGCACUGGAGGAUGCUGAUCGUCUUAGGAAGCAACGUAAAGCUGCUGAAGAUGCACGUCGAGCAGCGGAAGAAGCCGAUCGCUUACGCCGUGAGCGUGAGGCGGCGGAGGAUGCAUGUCGAAGAGCUGAAGAUGAAGCACGACGAAGAAUGGAAGAAGAUGCUAGACGUAGAGCAGCAGAAGAUGCAGCUAGACAAAAAGCAGAACAGGCUGAGCGGGAAAGAAAAAGAAAAGAAGAUGGGGAUCGAAGACGUCGUGAGGAAGAAGAACGUCGUCGUCGAGUAGAUGAAGCGGAAAGGGAACGUGAAAGGAAGCGGUUGGAUGACGAACGCCGACGGGCGGAAGAAGACCGUCGUCGGCAGGAGGAGCAUGAACAGCGGUUACGUGAAGAAGAACGGCGUUAUCGUGAGAAAGAACAAAAACCAAAAAUGCCUAACCUGAGUCAUGGCAUACAACAGGCAAUUGUAUCCGAGGGUGGUGAACUGGAAGAAUUUGAAGAGAGUCAGAAUGUUCCGGAAAGAGCGACAAUAGCUGAACAUGAGGAUGAAAUGCAAAUGUACCAAGAAGAAACAAUUACUAAAACACAAUUUUAUGAAAUGGAGGGCAUUUUGCACAAACAAACUGGCGAAAUUUUAACUUUUGUUGAAGCCAUUCGCCAAGGAUUGCUAGAUUUGCAUUCUGGCGGAGGGGAAUUCUACGAUAUUGUUUCGGGUGCUAGAAUUAGUCUGGAAAAAGCUGCAGAAUUGGGAUAUAUUGAUGGUGGUUUCCAUGAAGUGCUUAACACUCAUUAUGGCAUACGUCAUCCAGAAACUGGUGAAAGUUUGUCUCUGUUAGAAGCUAUCCAGAUUGGCUUGUAUGAUCCGGAUAUUCGUCAAUUGCGAGAUAUUGAAACUGCUGAUAUCCUGCCAAUGUACGAUUGCAUCUCACGAGGAAUCAUAACACUCGACACACAACAUCGUUUGGUUAAAAUGGGUGUGUUAAAGCUACCACCCUUGUCACUAGAAAGUGCUAUUGAACAAGGCGUUGUAAAUAAGGAAACAGGCUGCUUCACUGGAAAAUACACGAAAGAGACAAUGCCACUUAAAGAUGCCCUAUAUAAUGGAUACAUUCAGAUUGGUGGAUGCCGUCCGCAUACAAUGAUUGCUAUCACUUUAUCUGACUGUCUUGAAACUGGCCUAAUUGACGGAUAUACGGGCGAAUUUGUGGACAAACAUAGUAGUGAAAAAAUUACCUUACGUGAAGCUGUUUCAAAACAAUAUGCACUCUUAAAUUUGCAUGUUCCAGAAAUAGUGAAAACGGAUGAAAAUCGGCGCAUCACUUUAGGUGAAGCGAUUGUGCGUAAUGCAGUAAAUACUCGUCAAGGGAAUUUUAAUGAUUUCCUAAAAAAUCAGACCCUUACUCUCCAAGAAGCUUUUUUAAGAGAUCUCAUACAAAAACCGCUGACGCUUACAGAAAUCAGUCAAAAAGAUUUAAUUGAUUCAACAAAUAAAUUCAUAGAUGGAGGCACCAGGGGUCGCUUCACAUUAUUAGAAGCAAUUGCUGUUGGUUUAUUGGAUCCAGAUGUACGUCAUAUUGUGGAUCCUGAUGAAAAAGAUGUGAUUUCCAUUACGGAAGCUUUGGAGCGAGGACUACUAGAACCUGAUGGCAGAAUUAUACUUCAUAAGCAGCAGAAAGUUUUUUCUGUAAAUGAGGCAGUUAGUGAUGGAUUAUUGAUCAGACGUGUACGGCAUUCUAUUUUUAAUGUGAAAGGUAUCAAAAAUACGAAGACGGGAGAAAACCUAACUUUUAAUGAGGCUGUAGAUCGUGGUGUAAUUAUACUGCAAGCCGAAAGAAUUGUAGACCUCGCUGCAAAUGAAAGUUUUCUUAUAGCCGAUUGUGCGGACAAAGAUUUGUUGGAUCCCAUGCUUUUUGAGCUCUUAACUACAUCGUUGGGCAUCAGAAAUGGUCCGAAGCAAGAUAUGACAGUGAUUCGCGCUGUAGCAAAAGAAUUCAUUGAUCCCAAAAAAGGUAUUUAUGUUGACAAAAGGUCAAAUAGGGAAUUGUCUCCAAAGCAGGCUUAUGACGAUGGACUGUUGACUCUUAAAGGAGCAUUGCAAUUGUCGGCUUUGCUUGACAUUCAUCCAUCUCUGGUAACACCAGUCAAAAAAAUUGAUCAUAAGAAACGAAUUAGACGACCAGGGCAAAAAGAAGGUGUCACUACUGAUGAAGUGAAGGUAACACUGGCAGAAGCGAUGAGACAAGGUUUAGUCGAUUCACGCACUCAUCGUUUUCGGCAGGGCGACACUGAGAUGAGCUUCGAGGAAGCAUUAAGGCAGGGGUUAAUCCAUCCAUCCGAUGAGUGGAUAGUUCCGUCCAAAACAGGUGCUGGUCCUACUGUAGAAGAAAAGAUAACUGAAUCUGUAACUGAAACAGCGCAGCAAUUAGCGCCGAAGUUUUAUCCAGAUAAAAAUAUUGAAGAAACUGUGACAACUGUUAAGAAAGUGAGAAAAACAGAAACAACGGCAUUGGGAGGUCCAGGCGGUGUAUCUGUUUAUCGCGCAGUUACAGGCAGUAAAGACUCGUUCGAAAUACCAGCUAAUGGUUAUCAUAUUCUGGAGGCAGAACGUAAAGAUUAUGUUAACCUUAAGACAGGAACUGUUUCUAUACCAAAUUUAAGUCGUUCGCUAACUUUGCAAGAAGCAUUUCAACUGGGUAUCCUCGACAGUAGAAGUAUUACUGUCGUUGAUCCAUCCACUGGCAGUCAUGUUCCUAUUGCCGAAGCAAUGAAUAAGAAAACAAUUGACAAAAACGGUUGCAUGGAACGAAAUGGUCAAAUCAUUGAUUUUGAAACUUUGAUUAAUAAUAAGAUAGUACUAGUGGAGGCUGAGCCACCAGUUGGGUUAGGAAGUUCGACAAAGAAAGUGAUACAGUUUUCACCAGGUUCUGAAGCAAUCAUAAGUUUUCAUCCAAUUGGGACUCCAACUGUGGAAGAAACAGAGCAGUCUUGGACAUUCGAUUCAGGUAGAGGUGAACUAGUUGAUCAUAUUACUGGAGAACGGCUUACUCUUGAUGCAGCUCUUGCUUUCGGUAAAAUCGGUCGAGAGGAUCUGCGUGUCUUUGACACCUUGACAGCACGUGAAAUGUCAUUUGAAGAGGCUGAAAAGUGGGGUGUUAUCGAUGAGAAAGACCGUUAUUAUUUGGAUAAACGGGAAAACAAAAGAUAUUCUCUGACCCAAGCGGCAUUGCAGCACCGUGUUUUUCCAACAGGUGGUGUACCCGAAAAUGCUUCUGAUGCGAUCCAUACUACUUAUAAAAUACAAAAGCGAAGUGAAUUAUCGAAAAAGGAAGCACUGUUUGGUGGGCCUGCAGAAUAUGCGGAACAAACGUUGACGAAGGUUCUGAAUUCAGAUCGAUACAAUGCUCAGAGCGGUAAGUUUACUGAUCCGCAGACGCAAAAGCAAAUGUCCUUGAAAGAAUCAAUAAUUAAGGGAUUAUUCAAUCCAUAUGACACAAUCGUACUAGAUAAACAUAGAAUGCGUGAACUUUCAUUUCUAGAAGCCAUAGAUGAAAAUAUUAUUAAUGAUACGGAAGGAACAGUGUUGGAUACAGAAACAGGGAAAUUUGUUGACCUAAAAACAGCUCAUUUGCAAGGCCUUCUAAAAAGCAAAGGUUUAUCUCACAGUCUGGAAGAAGCUUUGGUAUCUGGGAAACUUGAUUUAUGUACAGGUCAAGUGACAACAGCAGAUGGAGGUAGUGUAAAAGUGGAAGAUGCUAUUGCAGCUAAACUUAUCGAUAGCCAAAGCAUCAUUUUCCGGGAUCCAUCAACAGGUGAAGAAUUAUCUUUUAACACAGCGGUUGAGAACAAAAUUAUUGAUCCUAUCAAAGGCAUAGUUUACAUCAAGAAUAUGACUGAAAUAAUGACCUUUCCUCAGGCUCUUACUAGUGGUGUGUUAAUUGGUUCUGGUUCAAGACCGUUUACUCCACAGAAGCCUCAUUCAACACGCCUAGUAGAGCGGAAAUUGCAGUUCACUCCUUAUGCGCCAGAGCCUACUAAAAAUUCGGCAGUUGCUGUUAUGGAACAACGUACUUUGGGUUCAGGACGUCAGGAAAUCGUUGAUUUAGGUGGUGGAAAACAUGUAAUGGUGAAAGUUGUGCGUGGAGAAGGAGGUGUGGAGAGAGGUGAAUACGUUGAUCCAUCAUCUGGGAUGAAGUUUACGAUCCAAUUGCAUGGUGAUCCCUACAUGACUGAGGCCAAGACCGUCGUGAAAAGUACUGCACAGGUGCAGUCUAUUCAGUUGGAACCGCAUGCUGAAUUUGUUGGGAUUGAUAAGAUAAGAGAUAAAAGAAAUGGUCGUGUCAUGUCACUGCAAGAUGCUCAACGAAUUGGUAUUGCGCGCAUUGACAAAAAAGGAAAGCAAAUGACGAAGACAUACUCAGUUUUCAGAUCGAACAUUCAAAAUGCUGUCACAAGAGGUGUUAUCGAUGCUCGUGGUGAAAAAUUAAGCUUGGAAGAUGCUGUUCGAGCUAAAUUGGUUGAUUUACAAAAUUUAACUUACCUCAAUCCAAAGACAGGUGAUGCCUUGACACUGGCACAAGCGGCAAACAUGGGUCUUGUGGAUGUUACUUUAUCGGAAACAUUACCAAAGGGUGUAUCUCACCCGGCAAGUGGAGAAAGGAUAUCAGUACAAAGAGCUAUAGAACUCGGUGUUAUAAAUCCGAAAACCGGUGAGGUGAAGAACCCGUUCACAAAUGAGAAAUUAGCUUGGUUAGAUAUCAUGAAACCGGUAUAUACAAGUCUUACAAUGGAAGGAGUGUACGAUCCAACAAAAGGAUAUGGAGUACCAGUGUUAACUGCUCUGACCGAAGGUCUCAUUGAUGCAAGUACAGGCCAAUAUUCAAACAUCAUUACAGCAGAGAUAAUAACUCUGAAGGAUGCUUCUAAUAAAGGUUUAAUUGAUGCUGAAACUUAUAAAGCCAUAACAGAACCUUUUCUAUUUGAUUACCGUACAAAAAGAAAACUUAAUCUAAUUGAGGCCGUCCAGAACAAACUAGUGGAUCCUAGAAACAAAACUAUUCAAUUUGAUGAACAGAUUAUUAUGCCUGUUUCUCGUGCAACCGCAGAGGGUAAAAUACCGAUGUUUAUUGGUGAGAAACUAAAACGCAUUGAUAAAAUGGCAUUCGCGGAAGCGUUGAGCAAAGGCAUGAUUGAUGUUGCGCAGAAUCAAUUUACUGAUUCCGAUUCGGGAAGGCAGAUGUCAAUUAAUCAAGCGAUUGAGGAAGGAUAUAUUGAUACCGGUAAUGUUGAAGCUUUGGAAGGUUCAGAUGAGCGAAAUUUGGCAAAUAUAUUGUUCAGGGAAGAAUUCGAUGAGAUUUCUGGACGAAUAAGGGAUAAUAAAUCAGGUCUUUAUUUGACCUUCAAAUCCGCUGUUGAUCGUGAUAUUAUUGACGGUGAUUCUUUAUUGCACGAUCUGGAAUCUAGCCAUACAAUGACAAUAAAGGAAGCAUUGAAUCAGGGACUUAUUGAUCCAGAUGGUAGAUAUGUUCACAUACGCACUGGAAUCAAAAUUACACUUAAGGAUGCCUUAGCAAGAGGUCUGAUCGCUUUGAUUGCAUCUCCUAUGCAAGCUGCUCAAGCGGUCACAGAAGCUGUGAAACGCCGUGAUGCUGAAGGCUAUAGGUUUAAAUUGGAGUCAGUAAAUGAAGGGAAAAUUGGGAGUGGCACACCACGCUAUAGGGAAGAGAUAACGGUCGGAAAGUUUUCAUCACCUCAUCGUCCUGAGCCUAGUCUCUCACGUCGAGUGAGAUCUAUCUCAGAAGCAUCACGAGGAAGUAGAGGACAAAGCCUAAUUGAUGACCCUCAGGCUAUGGCCGAUUUGCAGCACGAGUUUUUAGACAAUCUACGGGAACGCGGCUUCGAUGUUGAAGAAAAAGUGAUCGAACAUCCAGAAAACAAUUUACGAGUUUCAAUCCGUGAGGCUGCAGAAAGUGGCUUGUUAGAUGUUAUCACUGGCGAUAUCGUUCAUCCAACAAGUGGUCGGCGAUACUCAAUUCCGCGAGCGGUGCAUAUGAAAAUGAUGACUGCUGAUGCAGCCAAGCGAAUGAUGGAAACGUUGAAUAUCUGUGUGGAGGAGUUAGGACAGAUACCAUUAGUUGAAUCUGUUAGCGUUAGUCCUUCAGAAUCUGGAGUUAAAGUUUACACGAAAACUGUCAGUUGGCGUGGCCAGCCAUCUGAAUUGCGACAAACUACUGAUCCACUUGGGCCAUACACAACCUAUACAUCAUCGACAUCAUCCACAACGAUGCGAACUUCUGAUAUGUUUCCUCAGUAA